GAGAUCCUUCCGUGCCGGUGCUGUUGGACGGCGCUCGCGCCUUGCGCUCCCUUGGCAGCACCGUCAUCAAGGUGGCACUCUUCCGGCCUGGUUGGAACUAUGCGAUCAACUCGCAGUGGCCGCCCGACGACGCCUUCCCGACGCUGCGCAGCGUCGCGGAGCAUCCGCAGUUCCGGGCCCUCUGGGAGAUGGACUUCACCACGUACGUCUUGGUGGCCUACAGCACAGCAGGUGGUCUCUCGGAGAGUAACUUGGCUGCUGGAUACUGGGUUGAAGGUUUGAGCCAGGAGCAAGCCGCCGAGGAGGAAAGGCAAUUCUACGAUGCUGCUCUGUUCUUCAUCGAGAGCUUUCCUCAGAAGACCUUCGUCUUCGCCAAUUGCGAGGGUGACUGGGAGCUUCGCGGCGGCCUUGGCGCUCCGCCGCGACGCGGUGCAGAUGCGCCAGGGCGCAUGGCCAGGUGGCUGGCCGCAAGGCAGGCUGGCGUCACCCGGGCGAGGCAGCAACGGCGUCCUGACGCUGUCGGGAACGUCUUCCAUGCGGCUGAGGUGAACCUGGUUGCUGAGUCGUUGUGGGGCGAUGUGCCCAACGUGGUCAACGAGGUGCUGCCGCAAGUGCAAGUUGACAUGGUCUCCUACAGCAGCUACGAUACCCAGCAUGACCUGCACGACUUCCAGGACGCGCUGAGGUACCUCGUCAAAAGCCACAACCGGACGGCCGCUUCACCGCCGGGUUUUGCGGCCAUCAUGGUCGGUGAGUUCGGGCUACCCCAAAGCCGGGUACCCCUGCAGGACGUGAGCUACGUCCUAGGCAACGUCAUCAACGCCGCUCUCUCCCUGGGCGUGGCGUACGUGAUGUUCUGGGAGACUUACUGCAACGAGUGCCACCAGUCAGCUGUGGGCUGCGACGCGGCUGGGCGGUGUCGACAGCCGGAGGCGCCUGUGCAGAACGCAUCGCAGCUGAAUGGCUUCUGGCUGCUGCGGCCCGAUGGUUCGUUAGCCUGGCCGGCGCAGUACUACAAGGCCAAGCUCGGCAAU